AUGAUGAGAGGAGGAGUCUCCAUGGUGAAAGCAGUGAGACUUGUCUUGUUAUGUGUUUCUGUCUUGUGGGUCUUUCCAGAAGAAUGUGCUGGUAAAAGCCAUUCCUCAAGAAACUCUUCUUCUUCUUCUCCUUCACCACCAAUACUGCAGAGGCCAAGCUCUGUAAACGUUGGAGCUCUGUUUACUUACGACUCUUUCAUCGGACGAGCGGCUAAACCAGCUUUUAAAGCAGCAAUGGAUGAUGUCAACGCUGACCAAACCGUACUCAAGGGCAUCAAGCUCAACAUUGUCUUUCAAGACUCUAACUGCAGUGGAUUCAUUGGCACCAUGGGAGCUUUGCAGCUGAUGGAAACUCAAGUGGUUGCAGCCAUAGGUCCACAAUCCUCAAGCAUCGCUCACAUGAUCUCCUACGUAGCUAACGAGCUCCACGUACCUCUCUUGUCAUUCGGAGCAACGGAUCCAACGCUCUCCUCUCUCCAGUACCCUUACUUCCUCCGCACCACUCAGAACGACUACUUCCAAAUGUACGCCGUCACAGACUUCGUAUCCUACUCCGGAUGGAGACAAGUCAUCGCCAUAUUCGUCGACGACGAGUGCGGUCGCAACGGGAUAUCGGUUCUUGGCGAUGCGUUGGCCAAGAAACGCGCGAGGAUCUCUCACAAAGCUGCCAUCACGCCCGGUGCGGACGCUGGCUCCAUCAGAGACUUGUUGGUCUCUGUUAACCUGAUGGCGUCUCGUGUCUACGUCGUCCAUGUGAACCCUGACUCUGGUUUAAACGUCUUCUCUGUGGCUAAGUCUCUAGGAAUGAUGGGGAGCGGUUACGUUUGGAUCGCAACGGACUGGCUUCCCACGGCUCUUGACUCCAUGUCCCCCGUGGAUACGGACACGAUGGAUCUCUUGCAAGGAGUGGUUGCUUUUCGCCAUUACACAACCGAGAGUACCAUGAAGAGGCAGUUUAUGGAGAGAUGGAAGAAUCUUAGAGCGAGAGAAGGUCUCAACUCAUAUGCAUUGUAUGCUUAUGAUUCUGUAUGGUUGAUAGCUCGUGCACUCGAUGUUUUCUUCAGACAAAACAACAGAGUGACGUUCUCCAACGACGCCAAUCUGCAGAAGACAAAGAGUAGUAGCAGUCUUCAGUUAUCAGCGCUAAGUGUGUUCAACGAAGGAGAGAAGUUUCUUGAGAUCAUACUCCGUAUGAAUCACACGGGUGUCACAGGACCAAUCCGGUUUGAUUCGGAGAGAAACCGGGUUAACCCGGCUUACGAAGUUCUGAACAUAGAAGGCACAGGUCCACGGAGAGUAGGCUACUGGUCUAACCAUUCAGGUCUCUCGGUGGUGCCUCCAGAGACGCUGUACUCAAAGCCCCCGAACACAUCUACAGCAAACCAGCGUCUCUACGGAAUCAUAUGGCCAGGGGAAGUGACUAAGCCUCCACGUGGAUGGGUGUUUCCUAACAACGGAAAGCCGCUCAGAAUAGCAGUGCCUAACCGCGUGAGCUAUAAAGAUUACGUCUCCAAGGACAAGAACCCACCUGGUGUUAGAGGCUACUGCAUUGAUGUCUUUGAAGCUGCGAUCGAGUUGCUUCCUUAUCCUGUUCCAAGAAACUAUAUAUUAUAUGGAGAUGAGAAGAAUCCUUCUUAUGACAAUCUGAUCAAUGAAGUUGUUGCAGAUAACUUCGAUGUAGCUGUUGGAGAUAUAACGAUUGUUACAAACAGGACAAGAUUUGUGGAUUUCACGCAGCCGUUUAUAGAGUCAGGGCUUGUGGUGGUGGCUCCGGUUAAGGAGGCUAAGUCUAGUCCUUGGUCAUUCCUGAAACCAUUCACUAUAGAGAUGUGGGCUGUCACUGGCGCCUUCUUUCUCUUCGUUGGAGCCAUCGUCUGGAUUCUUGAACACCGCUUUAACCAUGAGUUCCGUGGCCCUCCUAGGCGUCAACUCAUCACCAUCUUCUGGUUUAGCUUCUCCACGAUGUUCUUCUCUCAUAGGGAGAACACGGUGAGCUCAUUGGGGAGACUAGUGUUGAUCAUAUGGUUAUUCGUGGUUCUGAUCAUCAACUCAAGCUACACGGCUAGUCUCACUUCGAUACUGACCGUCCAGCAGCUGACAUCUCGAAUAGAAGGAAUAGAUAGCUUGAUAACGAGCAACGAACCAAUCGGAGUUCAAGACGGUACUUUCGCUAGGAACUAUCUGGUCAACGAGCUUAACAUAUCUCCUCACAGGAUUGUUCCGCUGAGAAACGAAGAACACUACCUUUCCGCUCUUCAACUCGGUCCCAAAGCCGGCGGCGUGGCAGCCAUCGUUGACGAGCUUCCUUACAUCGAAGUCCUUCUGACAAACAGCAACUGCAAGUUCCGUACAGUGGGACAGGAGUUCACACGGACAGGCUGGGGUUUCGCGUUCCAGAGAGACUCCCCUUUAGCUUUAGACAUGUCGACGGCUAUCUUGCAGCUGUCUGAAGAAGGAGAGCUGGAGAAAAUCCACAGGAAAUGGCUUAACUACAAGCACGAAUGCUCGAUGCAGAUCUCAAACAGCCAGAACUCUCAGCUCUCGCUCAAGAGCUUCUGGGGGCUGUUCCUCAUCUGUGGCAUCACUUGCUUCAUAGCGCUCACUUUCUUCUUCUGGAGGGUGUUCUGGCAGUACCAGAGGUUGCUACCGGAUACCGGGGACGAGGAAAGGGCAAGCGAAGUUACAGAGGCGUCUAGAUCAGGGAGAGGCUUGCGAGCACCGAGUUUCAAGGAGUUGGUGAAGAUUGUGGAUAAGAGGGAAGCAGAUAUCAAGGAGAUACUGAAACAGAAGAGUAACAACAAUAAACUCAAAAGUAGCCAAAGUGGAGCUGGGAGUUCACAUUCUCAACAUAGCGAAAUUCCUUAAACAGAUGAGAGAUUUCAAUAAUUUGUUUACAUGACUAUUGUUAACCUAUACUUAGGGGUAGAUAAAAUUAUCAUAAGAUUUUGUAAUAGCAAAGUUCAAGGAACCGAAAAGCCAGAGAUAAACUGUAUAUCUUAUUCACCUCAUCAGAGUAUAUAUAUAUUUCAUAUAGAA